AUGAAGUUCACGCAGAUCUUCUGCAUCGUGGGUCUUGUUGCCCUCGGCGCGACUGAGGCCUUGCGCAAUCUUACCAACGUCACUUCCGUCACUCUCGAAUCUCAGAACCUCACUGUGCACGUAGCAGGCGACCCCGACGAUAGCGACGAUGACGACGAUGACGACGACGAUAGCGACGACAGCGACGAUAGCGAUACUGACGAUGAUGACGUACGGCUUGGACCUCCAGUUCCUGCUACUGAAGCACUUUGGCAUGCAUCGAAAUGUCGGGGCGCCAAACUCAUGUUUGCGUGUACCCAGGACCCACCGCAAGCCGCCCGGUUUGUCAAUCCCUUGACAGUUCCCUGGGAUGGCGACCUCAGGAACGAACUUCUCACUUGGGGUUACAAGGAAGGAACUAGUGAUCCUGAUGACGACUGCGAGAUCGGCGUUCUCCAGCCAAUGCUAGACGCCCUGGGACUUUCCAAAGUAAACAAUCUUCACGGCGGGCCAAACUACUGUUUCUCUUACGAACAUCGUGACAGCGCUGUCGUGGAAAGAGUAAAUGGAAUCUUGCCACCCAAGGACAAACAGUGGUAUAUUGUCGAUGGUGUGAGGUACAGGGGUCCGCUGAGCAUCAAGCCCGCAGACUCUGGAAGGUAA